AUGAUUAACGUCAAUUCGAGGAAUGUGGUACCCGCUUUCCAAGGAAGCAACAGAACCAUAACAGACUAUGCGGCCUUAUCGUACGUGUGGGGCACCCCACAAGUGCCGCAGCUGAGGAACACCCUUAAAGGAGGCGUAAGAUCUCGAUUGAUGAAGCCAGGCGGUCUUGCAGAUUUGUAUGAUGACAUACCCACGACUUUGAAGGAUGCCAUGCAGCUCUGUCAAUCACUAAAAAUAGCCUAUUUAUGGGUCGAUGCGCUAUGUCUAGACCAAGACGAUAGCGGGCAUGACUACGGGCAGUUCGACUUUAUGAACGAAAUUUACAAAGGCGCUCACUUGACAAUAAUCGCGGGAGCCGGACAAGAUUCUUGGGCUGGAUUACCAGGCGUGAGAGAAGGAAGUCGAGUUAAAAGACAACAUCUUGCGACUGUCGAGGGCAUGAUCCUGGGUAAUAAAAAGAUAUCAGCUAAGAGCCACUUGUUAUCGAGUACGUGGAAGACUCGCGGCUGGACACUACAAGAAAUGGUGCUGUCAAAACGAGUCUUGAUCUUCACUGAAGACGAAGUUGUCUUUGAUUGCAGAGCUGGAAGC